GGCACUCAGAAGUCAUGGGACUUCAUGAAGACACAUGACAGUGUGGCCAUUCUCAUGUUCAACUCUUCCCAGCAGAGUCUGGUGUUGGUGAAGCAGUUCCGGCCAGCCGUGUACGUGGGCGAGGUGGAACGCCAUUUCCCAGGGUCCCUGGCAGCUGUAGACCAGGAUGGACCCCAGGAGCUGCAGGUGGCACUGCCUGGCUUGGCAGGGGUGACAUACGAGCUGUGUGCGGGCCUUGUGGACCAGCCCGGGCUCUUGCUGGAGGAAGUGGCCUGCACGGAAGCUUGGGAGGAGUGUGGCUACCGCCUGGCUCCCUCCGACCUGCGCCGGGUCGCCACCUAUAAGUCUGGUGUGGGACUCACUGGCUCCAGCCAGACUAUGUUCUACGCAGAAGUGACAGAUGCCCAGCGGGGCGGCCCGGGAGGGGGCCUGGCAGAGGAGGGCGAGCUCAUUGAGGUGGUGCACCUGCCCCUGGAUGGUGCCCAGGCCUUCGCGGAUGACCCGGAUGUCCCCAAGACCCUCGGUGUCAUCUUUGGCAUCUCAUGGUUCUUCAGCUGUGUGGCCCCUGGCCUGGGUCCCCAGUGAGACUCCAGGGGCUCAAGAUCAAGGCUGGUUCUGGCCACUCGCCCUACAGAUCAAAUAAAGUCUCGUGUGGCUCC